UUAUCAAUAGGUAUCAUGGGUUACGCAGUUAAGUCAUUUGCACAAUUUCCUCAAUUUCAGGUAUUUAUUGCAUUGUUCGCAGAUGUGCGUAGUGAAACUUUGAGUACAGUUAAGUCCGAGCUUGUAGGAGCUAACAAGCAAUAUGAUUACUGUUUUUUAAAUACUAACCAUUUAGUAUCAGUAGAACAGCUUUAUUCCAGUAUAUAUAGAUCAAUCCUGAAUUUUGUUAAUGAGACUAUGAGAGCUAAGACUUUAAAUACCGAGAUUAUAUUCAAUCUUGCUCCAAUCAAUAAUAUAAUGGAUGCCUUAAAAAGAUUUGGUGUCGAUGAGCUGUGUAAUAAUGUCAUAGUUAUUAAGGUAAUCAAUAGUCAUGAUGUGGUUGACAAUACUUUUGAUAAUGAAUUUACUAAUUUAUUAAGUCUCUUGGAAGUAUCAGAAUCCAGCAGUAUUGAGUUAUCUGAUAAUAUACUAUUCAGUCUUGUAAAUAUCCCCAAGUUGAAGAAACUCUUUAAAUUGAAUGAUGCUAAUUAUUCGAAUGACACUAGUCAUUUACAAGCGGAACUUACUAGACUUACUAUAGGUGCUGCAUUAUUACGGGGAUGUUAAUACAUAUGGAUA